CCCAUACUUAUCCCAAUAAUGUCUUCCCCCGAUACUCUCUCCGUUCCCUCUCGUCCACCACAAGAUAGAUCGGAAUCAGCCCAGAACGCUCUUCUUCACAAGGUCUCUAAUCAGCCAGGUUAUACCACACCUGUCUUCAAGGGCAAAGAAUCGCAGCGCGCCGCCGUCCAGAAACUCAUCGCAUCCAAGGGUUUCGUCCCACAAGAACUGGUACCGAACGAAGUCAACUGGUUCUACUCUCAUCUAGGUAUCGAUGACACCUACUUCGCCAACGAAAACGAGAAUGUCAUCUGCGAUCAUAUCAUCGCGCUCUUUGGUGCAAAGAUUUUAGCCUAUACGAAACACGAUCCUACCCAGCUCGUCAUCGACCUCGAGAAGAUAGAAGAAGGAAAAGGCGCGACGUUCAUUUAUACAAGUCCGCCAGGUUUGACAGUGACGGAGGGUCCUGGAGCAACGUGUGAACCCAGAAUUGACCAACUCUUCUUGGACAAUUCAACACCCGAAAACGCAUACCGCCUCGAAACUUUCCGAUCGACAGGUUCUGUAUCUGCAACUGCAUCGCAACAACUCCGAUGCUACUUCAUCACUAAAUGUGUCUUCCCGGAAAAUCGCAAGGGAACCCAAGACCCACAGGGUAGAGGAACCGAUAUUCGAAGCGUCAGUGACAAGGUAUUUUUAGACAAGGCAACCGAGAACACGCUCGACAUUUACCAGAAGGUAUUGUGGUCAGUUGAGACUCGUUACGGACCCGUCAUCGAUGUGUUCGAAGUCGAAGGAACGCGUGAACGCCGAUUGGUCAUUGGGUACAAAAUGGGCGGAACUUCGCGCUUCUUCAGCGCUUUAUCAAACCUCUAUCACUAUUAUUCAUUGUACACUUCGAGGAAGUACGUCGAACAAUUCUCCAAUGGCGUUACAAUCAUCUCCCUCUACCUGAACCCCAUGCCCACCGGUAAUGGUGCACCUCCUAUCGAACACUCGAUUUUCCAGGUCAUGAAGGAGGCUUCGUUGCUGUAUUGCUUACCGGACAACCCAUUCUUCCACCCGGUUACGACUUCUACUGAAAGCAGCAGCAAGCAGUCUGGACAAGAGGAGCAACAUGCCGUGCAAGAGGCUACUUAUGCUUACUGUGGCUGGAUUUUUGCACAACACUUCUGUAACCGACUCGGCUCUGCAUACCUUUCGCUCAAGCAGGUGCUGGAUGAAAAUGAUCCUGCUCAUGCAAGUGUCUUGAAUGAUAUCAAAAGGAGAUUCAGGGAGGAGACCUUCACAAGAGAGAGUAUCAUGAACGUCAUUAGCACCUACGGAGAGUUGAUCCGCCUUCUCUAUGUCAACUUCGCCAUGACUCAUUACCCUGCUGCGGAAAAUGCAAACCUGGUGCCAACGCUCUCUUACCAGCGUUUGCGAACUGUGCAACCAAUGAAUGAUGACGAGCUGUACGAUCGUAUUAGACGGACCGUUCCGAACAAGCAUGAUCUCCAAGUCCUGGAGAGUUUUUUAGUUUUCAACCGCCACGUCCUCAAGACCAACUUCUACCAACCAACGAAGGUCGCGCUGUCCUUCAGGCUAACAUCGGACUUCCUUCCCGAGGUCGAAUAUCCUGUCAAACCUUUCGGGAUGUUUUUCGUUAUCGGCAGCGAGUUCCGCGGUUUCCACAUCCGAUUCCGAGACGUUGCUCGUGGUGGUAUUCGUCUUGUCAUGUCCAGAAACCGGGAGACAUACUCCAUCAACCAGAGGAUGUUGUUCGAUGAGAACUACAACCUAGCUCGAACACAGAAUUUGAAGAACAAGGAUAUUCCCGAAGGUGGUGCAAAGGGUACCAUUUUGCCAUCGAUCGGAGCGCCCCCUCGUCGCUGCUUCGAGAAAUACGUGGAUUCGAUAAUUGAUUUGUUAAUUCCGGGCCAGUCGCCAGGGAUUAAGGAGACCCUUGUUGAUCUCUACGGAAAGCCCGAGUUGUUAUUCUUCGGACCUGACGAGGGUACUGCUGAUAUGAUGGACUGGGCUGCACUACAUGCGCGAGACCGUGGUGCCGAAACCUGGUGGAAGUCGUUCACAACUGGAAAGAGUGCGGAGUUACUGGGUGGUGUACCACACGAUACUUAUGGAAUGACGUCGCUGUCGAUCAGGCAGUACGUUCUGGGUAUCUAUAAGCAGCUAGGUUUGAGAGAGAAGGAUGUUACGAAGGUGCAGACCGGUGGACCUGAUGGUGAUUUGGGGUCGAACGAAAUUCUUCUUUCAUCGGAUAAAACUAUCGCUAUUAUCGACGGAUCUGGUGUCCUCGCUGAUCCUCAAGGGCUCAACCGCGAGGAACUCAUUCGUCUCGCCAAGUUGCGUGUACCAGUUGCCAACUUUGAUUUGAGCAAGUUGAGCAAGGAUGGGUAUCUUGUGAAGGUUGAGGAUCGGGACCUCAAGUUGCCUUCGGGUGAAGUCGUACUUGACGGAACAGAUUUCAGAAACGGAGCGCAUCUUCGAUACAAGGCGGAUCUCUUUGUACCAUGUGGUGGAAGACCGGAGGCCAUUAACAUCUCGAAUAUGCAUGCUCUCUUCGAUUCAGAAGGCAAACCUCACUACAAGUACAUUGUCGAAGGUGCCAACUUGUUCAUUGCGCAGCAAGCUCGUCUAUUCCUCGAAAAGAAGAAGGUUAUCCUGUUCAAGGACUCGAGUACUAACAAGGGUGGUGUUACUUCUUCCUCCCUCGAAGUGCUUGCAGGCUUGGCCCUUUCCACCUCGGAAUACACCGAUCUCAUGAUCUUCAAAAACGGCAAACCGUCUGAAUUCUAUAAAUCCUAUGUCAAGGACAUCCAACAAACGAUCACCGAGAACGCAGCAGCAGAGUUUUCGUGUAUCUGGCGUGAACAUACGAGGUGCCAAGGAAGCAAGACUAGGACUGCGAUCUCGGACGAGUUGAGUCAGACGUUGAAUGCGUUGCAGGCAGAGUUGGAGGCAAGUGAUUUGUAUGAUGAUAAAGCGAGUAGAGAUGGGGUUAUGAGGAGGGCUAUUCCUAGGGUUUUGGUUGAUAAGAUUGGGCUUGAUGUGUUGUUGAGGAGGUUGCCGGAGACGUAUCAGAGAGCUUUGUUUUCGGUUUGGGUUGCAAGUCGUUAUAUCUACAAGUAUGGUGUGACUGCAUCGAGCGUCGACUUUUUCCAUUUUGCUAGAGAUCUUUCAAAGUAGACUUUUUGUGUCGAUUUUUUUCUUCGUUCGUAAUUGCUUUCGCCCCGUUUUUUCUUUCUUCUUUUGGUAUAGAAUUUGUUGGGAGGGUUGUUGGGCGUCGACACACAUGGGAACCCCUAAAACGUAAAUUGUGGGCAGAGAUGUGGGGGGAAAAGCAAAAGGUUAAAGUAAAUUAUAUUUCUGUAAAAAAGCUUCUUUGUAGUUGGGCUCUGUGGGCUCCGUAAAGAAGGAUUUAAUUGAAAGUCUUCUCUCUUGAC